AUGUUGGAGUGUGACAAGGAAACCUGCAUGGGUGUCAACAAUCAAAGUUACAUAUGUGAAACGGGCCACUGUUGUGGACAAUCCCAGUGUUGCAACUACUACUAUGAACUCUGGUGGUUUUGGCUGGUGUGGACAAUCAUCAUCAUCCUCAGCUGCUGUUGUGUUUGCCACCACCGACGCACCAAGCAUCGCCUCCAGGCCCAGCAGCGGCAACACGAGAUCAACCUCAUCGCCUACCGGGAGGCCCAUAACUAUUCAGCCCUGCCCUUUUAUUUCCGGUUUUUGCCAAAUUAUUUACUACCUCCCUAUGAGGAAGUGGUGAACCGACCACCGACCCCCCCACCACCAUAUAGUGCCUUACAUCAGCAGUGCAUCCCAGCAGGCAGCAGUAGCACAAUCCCGGACACGCCAAGAAACCUGCAGCCAGCACAGAGCAGCUCAGCAGCACCCAGCAGCAAUAACAGCAGCACUGACAACACUGGCUCCUCCGGCCUCGGGGACCCUGAGCCCUCCACCACCACGCUGGUCGAGCGAGCAGUUGCCAAAAUGCAGAGCGUGGAGCCUGGCAGUACCAGCACGGGAGCCGAGCUAGUGGAGAGAGCCAGUCCUGACAAGGAUACAGAGUGCAAGGAGGAACUGCUAAAAGGUUACAGCUCUGAGAGCUUAGACCAGAGCAGUGCCAUUCCCGAGGCGAAGGACAAGACGCCGGGCAGGCAGCGCCGCUUCACCGGUGACUCGGGCAUCGAGGUCUGUGUUUGCAACCGGGGCCAUCACGAUGAUGAUCUCAAGGAGUUCAACGGGCUCAUUGAUGAUGCUCUGGAUGGGCCCCUGGACUUCUGUGACAGCUGCAGCGGCCGCCCCCACGGGGACGAGGAGGAAGGGCUUUUUAAUGCUGUGGAAGAGCAGCACCGUGAACACAGCCACCACCACCUGCCCCGGCAGCCGGUGUGUGUGCUCUUGAACACAAUAAAUGAGCAGGACUCUCCAAACUCUCGUACCAAUAACUCCCCCAGCUAAGGUGGGAAAGUGGAGGGGAGAAUCAGGGGAAAACACAAAGAAAUAAAAAUUGAAUAAGAGGAUUAAAACUUUUAAUAGGAGGAAAAGGUGAUACAACCUUCUUUUUUUUUUUUUUUUAAGUUUUAUUUUUCUUUCUCCCCAUCCAAUAUAAUUUGGGGACUAGUCCCUGAAGGCCUGGUUUGUGGGGGAGGGAUCACUCUGGGUUUUGUUAAUCGUGUCUGUCCUGCUCCAAGGGGUAGGGACUGAUGUUUCUCAGUGAGACUUUCUAACAAAUGGAACUUUCCCAAUGGUGAUUUUGGUGAUGGUUAUUAUGAGUUUGUUGGUUUCAGUUUUCCAAAACACUGCUUUAUUUCACAAUCAGUAAAGCUCAGCAAAUCUCACCCUGGGAGGAUACGAAAUCACCAUAAGGCUUGAACCUCCAGGUGUCUUCCCAGAAGCAAGCAGCUUCUGACAGUGCUGGCAGUCAGUAGCCCAAGAGUUCUGGUUUGAUAAAGUGCUCUUGAGGAAUUGGGGAUCUAUUUUCAUUUUAGCUUUUUUCUUCUUUUUUUUUUUUUUUUUGUGUGUGUGUGUGUUAAGGUUUCCAGAAGCUUUUGAAUACCUGAACACAUCAGCCCUAUAAUCUCUGGUGCUUCAGUGUUUAAGACAGCAGGUAGGAAAUUUCCCACUUGAAGCUGGUGACUGAAGGACCAGUUUCUUCUAG